CCCCGUUCCUCCAUAAUUAAUUUUCUUCAAAUUUUUUUCCCUUUUCCCUUUUGUUUUCCUUUUCUCUAACAAUUUGUUUUAUUUAUUUGAACCUACCAAUUAAUUACAGCAACUAAUCUAUAAUUUGUGUAAUAUAGAUACUUUCCCUUAGAUAUAUUAGCUCCUCAUUUCUGCUCUCUCUGUCUCUCUCUCACACGAGAAAUGGAGCUUCUGAGUGUGAGAACGCUGAUCGUGGAGCUUUUGCUCGGAUUAAUGUUCCUAUGGAGCUUGCAGGUCUUUGUUAUUUCUUCAGUGAAUGGAGAGAGAUCAGAUUCACGGUUUCUUUUGACAUCCAAUUCUUCAUCAAUACAUGCCAAAGAUUAUUGUGCCAUGUACGGUAUCUGUGGGCAGCGCAAAGAUGGGAAGGUUUUGAACUGUCCCUAUGGUUCUCCUGCAGUGAAGCCAGAUGAGUUGUUUUCUUCCAAGAUCCAAAGUUUGUGCUCGACUAUCACUGGAAAUGUUUGCUGCACAGAAGAUCAAUUUGAGACUUUACGUGGUCAAGUCCAACAAGCAGUUCCUUUUCUAGUCGGCUGCCCAGCAUGCCUCAGGAAUUUUUUGAAUCUGUUUUGUGAGCUUUCUUGUUCACCCAAUCAAAGUCUAUUCAUCAAUGUAACUUCUAUUUCUAAGGUUAAUAAUACUCUAACUGUAGACGGCAUUGACUUCUACGUUACUGGUUCCUAUGGUGAAGAGUUAUAUAACUCUUGCAAGGAUGUGAAGUUUGGUACAAUGAAUACGCGAGCAAUGGAUUUCAUUGGUGCUGGGGCAAAAUCAUAUAAAGAUUGGUUUGCUUUUAUUGGACAUCGGGCUGAAAUGGAUGUGCCUGGUUCGCCAUAUGCAAUUAAUUUCCAAUCAAAGAUUUCUGAGUCAUUUGGGAUGGAGCCUAUGAACACAUCUGUUUAUUCAUGCGGUGACACUUCUCUGGGCUGUUCUUGUGGUGAUUGCCCUUCUUCUCCUUCAUGCUCUGGUUCUGCACCCCCUUCUCCACCUAAAAGGCAUUCCUGCUCUAUUACAUUUCCAUCUUUUAAGGUCAGAUGUGUGGAUUUCACAUUGACAAUAAUCUAUAUUGUCUUAAUCUCUACAUUUUUUGGGUGGGGUAUUUUAAGACGAACACGAGUAAGAAGUAGCCAUUCACCUCGAAUGAGGCCCUUGCUAAAUGCUGAGGAUGAAAACCAACUGCGUUCUGCUGAUAAGCAGGAGAAGGAAAUCCGGCCUGCACAGAUGUCAGAUGACGGUCCACAAAUGCUUAAGGAGUUGCAUCUUCCUCUAAUUCAACAAUACAUUUCUAGUUUCUACAGGAGAUAUGGAACGUGGGUUGCGAGGAAUCCGACUCUUGUUCUUUGUUCUUCGGUGGCUAUUGCUCUUCUACUUUCUAUUGGUCUUAUACGGUUCAAGGUGGAGUCACGGCCUGAGAAGCUUUGGGUGGGUCCUGGGAGUAAGGCUGCAGAAGAAAAACAAUUCUUUGACAGCCACUUGGCACCAUUUUAUAGAAUUGAACAGCUUAUACUUGCAACUGUGCCAGACCUGGGGCAGGGAAACACGCCCAGUAUUGUGACUGAGGAAAACAUUCAGUUACUUUUUGAAAUACAGAAGAAGGUUGAUGGAAUCCGUGCAAAUUAUUCUGGAUCUCUGAUAUCUCUUACAGACAUUUGCAUGAAGCCACUUGGUGCAGAUUGUGCCACUCAAAGUGUUCUGCAGUAUUUUAAAAUGGAUCCAGACAACUAUGAGAGCUAUGGUGGGGUUCAACAUGUUGAAUAUUGCUUUCAGCAUUAUACAUCUGCAGAAACAUGUUUGAGUGCAUUCCAAGCUCCUGUGGAUCCUAGUGUUGCAUUAGGGGGCUUCUCGGGGAGCAACUUUUCUCAGGCUACAGCUUUUGUCAUAACUUAUCCAGUAAGGAAUGCAGUUGAUGAGACUGGAAAAGAAAAUUGGGAAGCUGUUGCAUGGGAAAAGGCUUUCAUUAAUGUAGCGAAGGAAGAGCUUAGACCUAUGGCUCAAUCACGAAACCUUACUCUUUCAUUUUCAUCUGAGAGUUCUAUCCAAAAGGAAUUGGAACGAGAAAGUACUGCAGACGUAUUGACAAUAUUAAUAAGCUAUCUCGUGAUGUUUGCUUACAUAUCAGUAACUUUGGGCGAUGCACCCCACUUCUCUUCUUUCUAUAUUUCGUCCAAGGUAUUGCUUGGUUUAUCAGGAGUUGUCCUGGUCAUGCUUUCUGUCCUCGGCUCUGUUGGUUUUUUCAGUGCCAUUGGAGUAAAAUCGACUCUCAUCAUUAUGGAAGUUAUUCCUUUUCUUGUUCUAGCGGUUGGAGUGGAUAACAUGUGUAUCUUAGUACAUGCUGUGAAACGCCAAUCAAUGGAGUUACCUUUGGAUGAGCGUGUUAGUAAUGCUCUUGUUGAAGUGGGUCCAUCUAUUACGCUUGCUAGUCUCUCUGAGGUUGUUGCAUUUGCUGUUGGUAGCUUCAUCCCUAUGCCAGCAUGUCGAGUGUUUUCGAUGUUUGCAGCAUUGGCUGUCCUUUUGGACUUUCUUUUGCAAGUUACAGCUUUUGUUGCAUUGAUAGUUUUUGAUUUCUCAAGAGCUGAGGACCGCAGAAUUGAUUGCUUCCCGUGUAUAAAAGUGUCAACUUCAGAAUCUCAGAAAGACAAUACUCAGAGAGGACCUGGGCUGCUGGUACGCUACAUGAAGGAAAUUCAUGCACCUGUUCUCAGUCAUUUGGGAGUGAAAAUUGGAGUUGUUGCUAUCUUUGUUGGUUUUGCUUUUGUUAGCAUUGCACUAUCUACAAGGAUUCAGCCUGGUUUGGAGCAACAGAUAGUACUCCCACGUGAUUCAUAUCUUCAGGGAUAUUUCAAUAAUAUCUCAGCAUACCUUCAAGUUGGACCACCAUUAUAUUUUGUUGUGAAGGACUUCAAUUACAGUCUGGAAUCAAGACACACAAACAAAUUGUGCUCCAUUAGUCAUUGUGAUUCCAAUUCCUUACUAAAUGAGAUCGCUAGGGCAUCAUUGAUUCCAGGAUCUAGCUAUAUUGCUAAACCUGCUGCAUCAUGGCUUGAUGAUUUCUUGGUGUGGAUUUCUCCUGAGGCCUUUGGGUGCUGUCGCAAGUUUACAAAUGGGACCUAUUGCCCUCCUGAUGAUCAGCCCCCUUGCUGUCCGCCUGGUGAAGAUUCUUGUGGCAUCAGUAAGAUAUGCAAAGAUUGCACCACGUGCUUUCAUAGCUUGGACUUGAUCAAUGGCCGUCCAUCAACAAAACAGUUCAUGGAUAAGCUUCCGUGGUUUUUGAAUGCAUUGCCCUCUGCUGAUUGUGCUAAAGGUGGCCACGGGGCUUACGCCAAUAGUGUGGACCUCAAAGGUUAUGAGAAUGGUAUCGUCCAUGCUUCUGAAUUCCGUACAUAUCAUACACCUGUAAAUAAACAAAUAGACUAUGUGAAUUCGAUGCGGGCUGCACGGGAGUUCAGUUCUAGAGUUUCCAAGUCUUUAAAGAUCGAAAUUUUCCCAUAUUCGGUGUUCUAUAUUUUCUUUGAACAAUACUUGGACAUAUGGCGGACAGCCCUUAUAAACCUUGCCCUUGCUCUUGGUGCCGUUUUUCUUGUAUGCCUAGUUAUCACUUGCAGUUUGUGGACUUCAGUAAUAAUUCUAGCAGUGCUUGCAAUGAUUGUAUUGGAUAUCAUGGGUGUAAUGGCACUCUUGGAUAUUCAACUCAAUGCAGUUUCUGUGGUAAACCUUGUAAUGUCGAUCGGGAUUGCUGUGGAGUUCUGUGUCCAUAUAACACAUGCAUUUUUGCAAAGCGAUGGUGACAGAACACAUCGGAUGAAAGAGGCUCUAGGCACAAUGGGGGCAUCUGUUUUCAGUGGGAUUACCCUCACAAAGCUGGUUGGAGUGAUCGUUCUGCGUUUUGCCCGAUCCGAAGUGUUUGUGGUUUAUUACUUUCAAAUGUUUCUAGCUCUAGUCGUCAUUGGUUUCUUGCAUGGAUUGGUCUUUCUGCCUGUGGUGUUGAGUUUAUGCGGUCCACCAUCAAGGUGCAAGUUCAUUGAGCCCAGGCGACAAGAUGCUCCCAGUCCUUCCACAUAGAAAGUGUACCAUUCUCUUAGAAUGUUGCUCAUCUCAAGGAAAUUCUCAGUGAAACUAGAUAAUCUUUGUCCUGUAAUUUAAAUAACAUUAGGAAUAAAUGAAAAGGAACUGUAUUCAUGUU